AUGAGUUUCUGGUCCAACCGCUCUGCACGCAACUCCCGGCCUUCUAGCUCCCUGUACCUGCAGCUCGUGCUGCUGCUGCUGCUGCUACUGACGCCACCGGAGCCGCUCGUCAAAGCUGGUCCUGUAGCCACCGUGGUGAGAGAGCUGCGCUGCAUGUGUUUGCAAUACAGUAAUAGGUUUCACCUAAAAACGAUGCGUAAUCUGAAAGUGAUAGCCGCUGGCCCGCAGUGCCCCAAAGUGGAAAUAAUAGCCUACCUGAAGAACGGGAAUGAAGUGUGUCUGAACCCAGACGCUCCUGUGAUCAAGAAAGUCAUUCAAAGACUUUUGAGCAGUUUAACAGUAUCUGUAUUGUUUCUCAUCAUGGAACCCAUGCAAAUGACAGUAAUAGCAGCUAAUUGUAACAGUAACUGUCAUGAUGCUUGUAGUAGCAGCAGUAGUAGAAGUACUGAUAGUGACAUUUAUACCUGA